AUGCAAAUUCAGGGAACACUGCUGUUCGAUCUGGGGUUCCUCAAGGGACGCGAUGUUUGUGUUGUCUAUCGAGAAAUAACCUGCGCUGAUGAUACUAAAAUUCUUCAAUCCGACCUUGAUGCUAAUAACAAAUUGUGCAACAUAUGGUUGAAGGAACUGAACAUAACAGAAUGCAAACAUAUGCGCAUACUUAGAACGUCAUUUGUUUCGUCCAUUUACCACAUCAUUAAUACUUCUUUGGAGACUGUUGACUUGCCGACUUACGAGAAAGAUUUCUACCGCGAACACUUCAGGACGGCCCUGCGAUCGAUGGAAGAAGUGGAUGCCUACCGGAAGGCCAACGAUAUCAUUGUUGCAGGACGCGGUGUACCUAAGCCCAUCCUUCAGACAGACGAAGCCGGCUUUCCUGAACUCAUGACGAGGAUCAUCGAAACACGCCACCCUGGCUCGUCACCGACCCCAUUGCAAGCUCAGUGCUGGCCCGUAGCGCUAAGCGGCAGAGACCUCGUGGCUGUAGAUUACGGCGCAUCGGAAGGCAAGUCACUGGCCUACCUCGUUCCGGCCAUCAUCCACAUUCAGCACCAGCCGGCCAUGCAGCGUGGUGGUGGACCCAUUGUUCUAGUGGUUACAGCGACGCGGGAGGUGGCCCAGCAGGUUCAGAUCGUCACCCGCGAGCUUAUCGACGGGACAGGGAUCCGAACGAUGUACCUCGUCUCAGGUGAACCAAAGACACUGCAGUUGAAGCAGCUCGAGGAAGGUGCUGAGAUUUGCAUCGCGACGCCAGGUCGCCUCGUAGCCUUUAUGGAGGAGUGCAAGGUGAAUCUGCUCUGCUGUACGUACCUGGUGCUGGACGAAGCGGACCGCAUGUUGGAAAUGGGCUUCGAUAGGGAGCUUCGCACCAUUGCGGGCAACAUCCGACCAGACCGUCAGACACUCGUGUGGCUGGCAUCCCGAGCGAGAAAGGCGCACCAACUAGUCCAAGCAUUAUCGAAGGACUGCGUCACCGUCAGUGUCGGGAUGGCUACCAAGGACAACCAAAACCAACGAGUAGAACAUAUCGUUGUGGUAUGCGAGAAGGCCGAGAAGGAAGACAAGCUCAUCGCCCUCUUCGAGGACAUCCUCCACGAUGAGAGCGACAGGGUUAUCAUCUUUGUCGAGAUGAAGCAAACGGUGGAAGACCUCGUGUCCAGCGUGCGUCUCCAGGGCUGGCCCGCCAUGGGCAUCCACGGAAGGAAAACGGCGCAAGAACGCGACUGGGCGCUCAGUGCCUUUCGUUUUGGCAAGGUUCCCAUCUUGGUGGCGACCGACGUGACCGGAAGAGCUCUGGACGCGGCCAACGUGCGCUACGUAAUCAGCUACGAGUACCCGACCAACCCUGAUGAAUACCCGCGUCGCUUCAAGCACGCGGAUCGGCCGGACGGGACGGGUAGAGCAUACACGUUCGUGACUCCCGAUAACUGCGUCCGGGCCACGGAGCUGAUGUGGUUUCUCCGAGAGGCCCAGCAGGUGAUACCUGCAGACCUUCGUAAGGUCGCGAAUAAGGUGGCGCGAAAGUAG